AUGAAAAAACGGCGGUGCAAUGCACCAUCAUUUUCAACGACGCCAAGGAAUGAAGAAGAAGCAAUUUCAGAAUCCAUCCCUUAUGAUCUCAUCAUUGGUAUAUUCAUGAGACUGCCUGCGAAGUCUAUAACAAGGUUUCGUUGCGUAUCGAAGCUAUGGGAUUCCACAUUUGACAAUCCAGAUUUCACCGAACCGUUCUACACCAUCUCUUCGUCUCGCCCGAAGCUAUUGUUCAGCGUCUUAAAAGACGGUAAAACGUUCUUCUUCUCAUCACCAAUGCCUCAAGAUUCGUCUGCUUUAGCAGUCAAUAUCCAUAUGAGUUUCCCAUUUAAUCGUACCUUUGAAAUUUGCCGUCCUGUUCGUGGUUUAGUAUGCGAGGAGGGUAGUGACAAGCUAUCUAGGGUAUAUGAUCCCAUCGGCAAACAAUUCAAACUACUGUGCAUGAUCCAUUCACUUGCUGGUGGAGGAUCUGCGUAUGAACCGUGUGAGAUUCUGACAGUAGAACCCGGAAAGAAACCAUCAUGGAGAGAGAUCUCAUGUGACAUAACUCAUUGUCGUGAUGUUUUGAAUCGUAAAGCUGGCCAUAACGCAUAUGAUGGUAUAUGCAUCGAUGGCGUUUUGUACUCCUUAGCAUCCGUUUUUGCCGGUUACAGCAGGUUUCACAUUAUAGUUUGCUUUGACUUUACAUCUGAAAAAUUCAAGUGUAUAAACCAGACUUUGGUAAACUACAAGGGUAAAUUAGCUUUGCGUCAGGGGUACUCUGUUGAUGGGGAAUACAGUGGUUAUCAACUAUGGGUUUUAGAAGAUGCUAAAAACCAGAAAUGGUCGAGUUAUAUCUACUCUUGGUCUCCGCGUCCUCCUCUUAAGAAAAUAGUUGUUGCAAAGACUAGGUCAUCUAAGAAAGAGACUCUAUUUUUUGUUGGAACAAGUGACACUGGUGAAAUUGUCUUGUCGCCAAAGAUUAUAUCCGACUCUUUCUACCUCCUUUACUGUAAUCUCGAGAAGAGCACUUUGACAAGAGUUGAGAUCCAAGGAAUGGAAGCAUUUAAGGAUCAAAUAGCUCACGUCUUCCUAGAUCAUGUAGAGGAUCUGAGGAAAAUAUCUAGGAUCAUGGCCUCUUAA